AUGCUGCCAUUACAAUAAAUGCCCCAAAGCACCCACCCGCUGCCCUUCCCUAACCCAGCUGCAGUUCCCUAAUUCAAGCCCCGAUUUGGGGUUUACAUUCUCGGUUCAUUCUCCGUGUCUGUCGCUGUCGCUGUCACUUCCACUGCUGCUGAUCCUGUUGCUGUCUUCCUCGCUGUCUUUGGGUCCAGUUGCAUCGUUGUCCUCUCCCUUUUCCCUGUCCACUUCCCCUCCCGGGGGAUCUUCGAACAGCCUGUGCCAAGUGUUGCUUUUCCAGCGAGGUGUACGCAUGUCUAUGUAGAGCUGGGUUUUCCAAAAGUGCUCAGCACCUGCCAACUCCCCUGAUUACCUGUGAGGAGGGCUUAUCUGCCCUUCUGGGGAAGGGCAGCAGGUGCUGCAAAUCCAACCUUUUAUUUUUACCUUGGGACAAGGCCGUGCGUUUCUGCAUGGGAGUAUGGCUUGCUUCAAAGUUAAGCACCCACAGUCCAGGCACAGCCAAGUCCAAGCAGUGCUUGAUUGUUCGACACAUGCUUGAUUCCAGCCAGAUUCUCCCGUGGCCAGGAUCCACCUGGGAGCAGGUCGGGGGGAGAGCUCAGGCUCCCUUGCAUUUUGCAGGGGUGGAAAUGCUGGGUGUGCACUUUGCCCAAGUUGCACGGAGCUCCUUGGCAGCUAUCACACGCAACCCAGCUUCCCAUCUGCCCUUUGCUCCUGUCCCCUGCAGUGCAGGCCUGAGAGACGCAAGUUCUGAGUUUGAGUGGCAAGUCAGAUCUUUACCACCCGGGAGGGCAGUGGAGCUUUGCGAGUAGCUGCAGUCUGCCCAGGGAGCCUGGGAUGAGGAGCCAAGCAAGGUAUUAGCAUUCAAAAAGACCUGUCAUCGCCCAACACUUUGCAUCCAUGCACAAUAGAAAGUAUCGCAAUGCCGGAGCCAGGAAUGGAGCUUUUUCACCUGCUGCCAUUUGAUGAGCAGCUUCUGUUCAAACAACCUUGCCUCUUUAAGGGAGGGGUGCUUAGAAAAAUGCUGUGGUUGUUGGGCCAAAGAAUCCGCACCACGGUCGUGUGACACCUAAAGGGGGCUUUAAAGCGGAGGAGGGAGAAGAGCCUGAGUGACAGAGAGACUCGCACACUGAAAGGGCCUUUGCAUUGUGAAGCCCUGCCAGUGACAUCACUGUUCCUUCCUUUAUAAAACAGGGGACUUUAAGAGUCUGCAUUCAGUCUCGGCUCAGGCUGAUGAGCCUAUCAAUGCUGAACGCGCUCACAGUUUACCCCCUCUUGUGUCCCUGCUUUCACCCCACCCCCCUUUUUUUUCCUCACCCUGGCCAUUGUCCUUACGCUGGAAACAGGAGGUAGUGCAUGGGAGUUGACAGCUUCUUCAGCCUGUCAGCAAGGAGGAGUUCUCCAACUGUGAAAGGACACAGGUAAGAGCAUAAAUCAUCCCCCAUAUUCUGCUUCCCGCUCGGAGGCUCUGGAGGUCUUCUUGUGGUAGCCGAUGGACACCAAAUACUUCAUUGUGAUCCUCCCAAGGCAGGAAUGCUAAGAAGUAGAUAUCGCUUGCGUUUUGUGUUUCCCAUUGAGUGGCCGUUCACUGAUUGCUGAAAAACAGCAGGGAGAGGGAGGGAGUCCAGGGGAGGAUUUGCACAAGGAAGUUGCUGAAUACCUGAAGCAGCAGAUUCAGGAAAACGUACAUCUCAGCCGAUGCCGGGAACUUUGAGAGCGCUGGACUUCCACUCCCUCCACGUACGCUCAGCGCAGCAAAUGGUUACCCGCGAGCCUCUGUGCGUUUCAGCCUGUGCCUGCAAUUCAGGCAUCCGUGCAAACAGGUGAUGCACGAGUUGAGCUUCAGCCUUUAAAAGUGCUCCUGCCAUGGAUUUUCCCAGGGUAGAAAUGGACGGUGGCACGAACAAGACGAUCUUGUCCUUAAUGAGCCAUAAAAGGAACGUGACGUAUUCGGGCUACUACCAGCACUCCCCUGCAGUGGCUGCCAUCUAUAUCAUCGCCUACGUGUUCAUCUUCACCCUGUGCAUGGUUGGGAAUGGCUUGGUGUGCUUCAUCGUGCUGAAGAACAGCCGGAUGAGGACCGUCACCAACCUCUUCAUCCUCAAUCUGGCUGUCAGCGACCUGCUGGUGGGGAUUUUUUGCGUGCCUACUACCCUGGUGGACAAUCUGAUUACAGGCUGGCCCUUCAGCAACGGAGUCUGCAAGAUGAGUGGGCUUGUACAGGGCACGUCUGUCUCCUCCUCUGUGUUCACGCUGGUGGCGGUUGCGGUGGACAGGUUCCGCUGCAUCAUCUACCCCUUCAAGUCCAAGCUCGGCCUGCUCACAGCCCUGAACACCAUUGCCAUCAUCUGGGUCCUAGCCAUCACCAUCAUGUGCCCAUCUGCUGUCAUGCUCAUGGUGGCACAGGUGGAGGACCACUACAUUGUCUAUGGCCACAACCAGAGCCUGGCCUCCCCCCUGUACUCCUGCUUUGAGGCCUGGCCCAACAGUGAGAUGCGGAAGGUCUACACAACCGUCCUCUUUGCCCACAUCUACGUGGCCCCCCUGACCCUGAUCAUGGUCAUGUAUGGCUGGAUCGGGAUCAAGCUCUACAAGUCGUCAGCCCUGGUGAGUCGGCACCGGGUGGAGACCCAGGAGCGCAGCGGUGCCACCGUCUCCGGACGCAAGGUCAAGGUCAUCAAGAUGCUCAUCCUAGUGGCCCUGCUCUUCAUGUUGUCUUGGCUGCCCCUGUGGACACUGAUGCUGCUCACAGACUAUGCCCAGCUGGAUGAUGCCCAGCUCCAGCUGCUGACGGGCUACAUCUUUCCGUUUGCACACUGGCUGGCCUUCUCCAACAGCAGCGUCAACCCCAUCAUCUAUGGCUACUUCAACGAGAACUUCAAGCGGGGCUUCCAGGCCGCUUUCAAGUUCCAGCCCUGCUCCCACGAGACGGGGCCUCAUGAGGCCUAUUCUGAGAGGCUGACUGCCAGCACCACCGGCUUCGGCGCCCGCAACAAGGUCUUCACCAACGGCGAGCCCUCCGACUUCCUCUGCCUCAAGACCCUGCCUGCCAAGGGGCUGAGCCCAGCACAGAAUGGACAGGCCCGGGCACCGGGCCUUCCCCUGGAGGAGAUCAGCAAAAUCACCCCCCUGAGCAAAGUCUGCAAAGCCUGGGAUGUGUGACGCUUGUGGCUGGAUGGGAAUGACUUCAUGUCAGGAGUGUUUUUGUCUCUUUCCACCGGCAAAUGCUGGGUGUGUCUGCUGCUGUGAUGUGUUUGCCGUGGGCAGUGUCUCUCUGCCAGAGCUGGGUCUCUCGUGUGCCACAUCCCAUUUGUAAAUGCAAGGCAAACCAUGUGGGCAGUUGUCAUUCGGUGUUCCAGCUAAUGCACACAAGGCUUUGUCAGCCGCUUCCAGUGUCUAGCAGGGACCAACUGAGCACGCUGUGUCAAAUGUCUGUGUCAUUAAAGCUACUGCUCCACGCGCCA